GCAGUAGACUGGGUUUAGACAGGUUAGGCUGGGCUGGGAGGUGACAGCAAUAGGCAGGUUAGGCUGGGCUGGGAGGUGACAGCAGUAGACUGGGUUAGACAGGUUAGGCUGGGAGGUGACAGCAGUAGACUGGGUUUAGACAGGUUAGGCUGGGCUGGGAGGUGUGUGUAACUCUGUUGUUCCCUCUGUUUCUGUUGGGCAACGGUAGACUGAUGGACCAGGUAGUCUCAGGACUCUGGGGAACCGGAAGCAGAAGCAGUGGAUCCAACCCCAGCGCAGGGACAGGGAAGGGCCCUGAUCAAAACUCCUCCCCACAAGUGAAGGGUCACAGGUCCACAUGCAGUGAAACUGAGCCAAAGGGGAUCAGAGGAGCGAGGCGCCCUUGCGAUAAGUCCGCAAGCCAGCAGAGUCAUCACAGUCAUCACAGCAGCCAUGCCCACUCAAGUCACAGCCACGCCCGCUCUGGUUUCAGCCAUGCUCAGUCUCACAGGAGUCACUGUCAAUCACAGAACAGCCACACCCACAGCCACACAUCCUUCAUCUACAAACACGCCCCUUUCACCAAGCCUGGGCCCGGCUCGUGUGGCCACAGUGAGCGAAGCCACGCCUCCUCUUACGGCCCCCCAGGCUUGCCCCCCUCAUACUGCCUGUCCCGGCUGGCCUCUAAGACCUCCGUCAGCAGCAGCACCCCUCCCGGGGCUCCCCCGGUACGGGGGCUAGGAGCCGUCCCCCCUGAGCUCACGGCUAGCCGCCAGUCCUUCCAGCACGCUAUGGGUAAUCCAUGCGAGUUCUUUGUUGACAUCAUGUGACAGACAGGACAGUGCCUUUUAAAAACUUGCUGAGCACAAACAAGCCCCCCCCCGUCCUACCGCUCGUCCGUCCCACCUCACCUUCUCUUCUUUACCCCAUUUGCUACUGACUAUUCCUGAGUUGAGAAUGUAGACGCUGGUGCCCUCCGUCCCCAUGCUGUCAACAACGGCCCCUCGGAUGUCGGAGCAGGGGAGGACAGGAGACAAGAGCACAACAGAACUGAAGAGAGUCCUGUCAUCACAAAAACACACAGAGCCUCAGUGUCUGAUCAGAACCCCCAGCCAGCUCUUUUGUAUUGACGUGACGUGAACAGUUUGUGAAAUUGAUGUGAGUGGUGUUCAAUGUGGUGAUCCUUGUGAGCUGCCACAGACAGUCCAGUCCCGAGAGCAUGUAGUUACUAUGUGGAGAACAAGCACCUGCUGUUUGUUGAACCAGACGUCCAAGCCAACUGACUGGGUCUGGAUCUCAAUCCCCCAGACCCACCCGGACACAGAGCUCUGGAAGAGGGAAGCCUCACUGGAGGCUCUGGACUAUGAGUCAGCCUCCUAGAAUGUCGCCCUUUACACAAACUUCUACUAUUUGGCCAAAACAUACCAAAACUCCUGCUCUAACUGACUGACCUGCUAUCCGGUCUGCAAGGGGACCGUGACAUAUUCUAACUAGUCAAAGCUAGCCUCGGCCUAUUUCACAGCCCUUGUAUUUGUCCAACUAAGGGAGGCACUGUAACCAGUUGUUAGUUUAAACUAUAGGCUGCUUAUCUGCAUGACUAUCUCAACUGCUUUAAAAGGAAUAGACACAUUCAUUUUGUUAGAUAUUUGGGGGUUGGGCCUCUCGCCAAAGGUCUAAAGGAAGAAUCCAUACACUGGAGAAUGUUUGAUGUUAUUUACGUGAUCAUGAUUUUGCAUUGACGGUCAGUGUCGUACGUUGUCUCGCUCUAUGGCUGACUCAUACGUAGACACUCAGUCAGACAUCGUUUCCCUCUGUGACUCAGUGGCCAGGAUUUGACCACUGUCCUAGCUGUGCUUUGUCCAAUGCAUCAUUAUUAUUGCAGUCAAUGGAGUCCUGACCACAACAGACUCGUGUUGUGAACACAUUAGAUUUUGAACUGUUUCCACAUACACUAUACAUACAAAAGUAUGUGGACACCCCUUCAAAUUUGUGGAUUCAGCUAUUUCAGCCACACCCGUUGCUGGCAGGUGUAUAAAAUCGAGCACACAGCCAUGCAAUCUCUAUAGACAAACGUUGGCAGUAGAAUGGCUUUACUGAAGAGCUCAGUGACUUUCAACAUGGCACCUUCAUAGGAUGCCACCUUUCCAACAAGUCAGUGCGUCUGUCCUCGGUUGCAACACUCACUACCAAGUUCCUAACUGCCUCUGGAAGCAACAUCAGCACCAUAACUGUUCGUCAGGAGCUUCAUGAAAUAGGUUUCUAUGGCCCAGCAGCCGCACACAAUCCUAAGAUCUCCAUGUGCAAUGCCAAGUGUCAGCUGGAGUGGUUUAAAACUCGCCGCCAUUGGACUCUGGAGCAGUGGAAACACGUUCUCUGGAGUGAUGAAUCACGCUUCAAUAUCUGGCAGUCCGACGGACAAAUCUGGGUUUGGCGGAUGCCAGGAAAACACUAUCUGCCCGAAUGCAUAGUGCCAACUGUAAAGUUUGGUAGAGGAGGAAUAAUGGUCUGGGGCUGUUUUUCAUGGUUUGGGCUAGGCCCCUUAGUUCCAGUGAAGGGAAAUAUUAACGCUACAGCAUACUAUGUCAUUCUAAACGAUUCUGUGCUUCCAACUUGGUGGCAACAGUUUGGGGAAGGCCCUUUCCUGUUUCAGCAUGACAAUGUCCCCGUGCACAAAGUGAGGUCCAUACAGAAAUGGUGUGUCGAGAUCAGUGUGGAAGAACUUGAUUGGCCUGCAAAGAGCCCUGACCUCAACCCCAUCGAAAACCUUUGGGGUGAAUUGGAACGCCAACUGCAAGCCAGGCGUAAUCUCCCAACAUCAGUGGCCGACCUCACUAAUGCUCGUGGCUGAAUGGAAGCAAGUCCCCGCAGCAAUGUUCAAACAUCUAGUGGAAAGCCUUCCCAAAAGAGUGGAGGCUGUUAUAGCAGGAAAGGAUGUUCGACGAGCAGGUGUCCACACUUUUUGUCAUGUAGUGUAGCUGCAAACAGAGUUGCAAACAGUGGCCGUCCACCACAGAUCUACUACCUAAAACAGAUCUGAUCGUCAUCAGUUAAAGUCAACAGGGUCUCUUAAAAGUGUUGACUGAAACAGAGAUCAGAGUGAUAACCAAUGCUUCUCACAGUGAGGUGUGUAGUUCUGUACAGUGUAGGUAUUUUUCUGUGAUAUCACCAGAUCAUUUUUUAGGAAAUUCCAGCCCUUGAUUUGAAAGUCCUUCUUGUGAAGGUUGGUUAAUUGGUUAAGCUGUGUUUAAGGCCUAAGAUCAAGGUUUAACCGGCGAUAACUGUGCAGCCAAUGGCAAUGUCCAAUUUAGGUAUAAAUGCCAGGAUCCACUUGUGGAUUUCACAAGUCUAACGUAGUUCCACUUCCAACAAACGCUAUGCGGAUGAUGGCUGAAGCAGAUCUGAUUACAGAUUCUGCCAUAGAGAUGUAAAGGUAGUUUUCGAUUGAGCCGACAUAUGCAAUGUUUACCAUGAAAGUAGUCUCCGCAAACGUGGGAACACAUUGCCUUGAAAGUCGGCAAUGCCUAUAACCUUCAAUCGAAUUGACUCCCAGCCCAAGUCUAUCGACAACACAGAAACGGUGUGAUGCAUAAGACCUUUCUGUCGCAACACUCUGAUCAUUAUUUGAGCACUUUCUCAUUCUCUCUCUUGCUCUCUCUUCUCUGGCCCUUUGGUAUGAAACACUGUUUGCAAUCAGAGCUUUGUCUUUCAUUUUAUUUCUUUACAAAAACAGGAAUAAAUUGUACAUAGAAAUGUAUUAUAUAUAAGAAUAAAAAAUAUAUAUGUACAAAGAUGUUGUCUGAAUUU